AUGCUGAUGCUGAUGCUCUGCCUUCACGCGUCUGGCCCCCGGUCUCGGGACCGGGACAGGGACCGGGACCGGGUGGGCAUGAGCCAACACGCCGAGCACUCUCCCCCAUCACCUGCUCCAGCGACCUCCAGCCUGACGCUGACAAUGCAUCCCACCUCCACCUCCACCUCCACCUCCACCUCCACCUCCACUUCCAGCCUUCUCGCCAGCUCACCCUGA